UAUGAUGUGGAUUUAUCAUAAAUGUGAAAUGCACGCAUGAAUCUACAAUGUAGAGAUCACAUUUAGAUGUGGGCGGGAUCACAAACGUGGUUUCCCAUCCCUGUCUUAAUGUGAGCAAAAAAACAGAGACACAAUUUUCUCUACAUACGCAUCCGAUGACGUUAGAACCAUAUGUGUUACUGCUGACGCAUAAUGUUCCUAAUUAGGGGCAGACGAUUUCUUGAACUGUACUGACUAACAUAGAGUUGAAAACAAACACAGCUAGUAUCCAACCUUAGACGACUUCGCCAUGUCGUCGUCCACCAAGAGGCUGGUUCGUCCUCACCAUCUCGCGAAACCAUUGCUUACCAUGCUGCACAUCCUCCUGCAAGUCCAGGCCAUCGCCGCGCUCACCGACGAUGCGACGGCACCGGUAAUUCAGUGCCUCCCGGACCAGGCCUCCGCGCUGCUCCGGCUGAAGAACUCCUUCAACAAGACGGCGGGCGGCUACUCCACUGCAUUUCGGUCGUGGAUCACCGGCACAGAUUGCUGCCACUGGGACGGCGUCGACUGCGGUGGCGGCGAAGAUGGCCGUGUCACCUCGCUCGUCUUGGGUGGCCACAACCUGCAAGCCGGCAGCAUCAGCCCUGCACUCUUCAGGUUAACCUCACUCAGGUACCUUGACAUCUCUGGUAACAACUUCAGCAUGUCCCAGCUCCCGGUAACCGGGUUCGAGAAUCUCACCGAGCUCACCCAUCUUGACCUCUCUGACACCAACAUCGCCGGUGAGGUGCCGGCUGGCAUCGGAAGCCUUGUGAACUUGGUGUACCUUGACCUCUCCACAAGCUUCUACAUCAUUUAUUAUGAUGACGAGAACAAGAUGAUGCCGUUCGCUUCAGACAACUUCUGGCAGCUCUCAGUGCCAAACAUGGAGACCUUGCUGGCAAACCUUACCAACCUGGAGGAGCUCCAUAUGGGAAUGGUGGAUAUGUCCGGCAACGGCGAACGGUGGUGUGACGACAUAGCUAAGUUUACACCUAAGCUUCAGGUUCUAAGUUUACCUUACUGCUCAUUGUCAGGUCCCAUCUGCACAUCCUUGUCUUCCAUGAAUUCGCUCACUAGGAUUGAGCUUCAUUACAACCACUUGUCAGGUUCAGUGCCAGAGUUCUUGGCUGGCUUUUCCAACCUCACUGUUCUUCAACUGUCCAAAAACAAGUUUGAAGGAUUGUUUCCUCCCAUCAUCUUCCAGCACAAGAAGUUGGUAACAAUUAACAUCACUAAUAAUCCUGGGUUAUCAGGUAGUCUGCCCAAUUUCUCACAGGACAGUAAGUUAGAGAAUCUUCUUAUCAGUAGCACGAACUUCACAGGUAUAAUACCGAGUUCCAUAAGCAAUCUCAAAUCUCUUACGAAGCUGGACCUUGGUGCCAGUGGCUUCUCUGGAAUGCUGCCCUCUUCACUAGGUAGCCUCAAAUACCUGGAUUUGCUAGAAGUGUCUGGGAUACAGCUAACAGGAUCCAUGGCACCGUGGAUAUCAAACCUAACUUCUCUUACUGUUCUCAAGUUCUCUGACUGUGGAUUGUCUGGAGAGAUACCUUCCUCAAUAGGAAACUUAAAGAAAUUGAGUAUGUUAGCAUUGUACAACUGCAAGUUUUCAGGGAAGGUGCCUCCGCAGAUCUUUAAUUUGACUCAGUUGCAAUCUCUGCAACUCCAUUCGAACAAUUUGGCUGGCACGGUGGAACUCACGUCAUUCACAAAACUGAAAAACCUAUCUGUCCUGAAUCUCUCAAACAAUAAACUACUUGUGCUACAUGGAGAAAACAGUUCAUCGUUGGUGCCCUUCCCAAAAAUAAAACUCUUAAGGUUAGCAUCUUGCAGUAUAUCAACCUUUCCCAACAUCUUGAAGCAUCUCCAUGAGAUCACCACUCUUGACCUUUCGCAUAACAAAAUCCAGGGAGCUAUACCUCAGUGGGCAUGGGAGACAUGGAGAGGCAUGUACUUUCUCCUCCUGAACAUAUCACACAAUAACAUUACAAGUCUUGGAUCAGAUCCUCUGCUUCCUCUUGAGAUUGACUUCUUUGAUCUCAGUUUCAACAGCAUUGAAGGGCCCAUACCUGUACCACAAGAAGGUAGUACCAUGUUAGAUUAUUCAAGCAACCAGUUCUCCUCCAUGCCUCUUCAUUACUCAACUUACCUUGGUGAAACUUUUACUUUCAAGGCUUCCAAAAACAAACUGUCUGGAAAUAUUCCAUCAAUCUGUAGUGCUCCGAGACUACAACUCAUUGAUCUCUCUUACAAUAACUUGAGUGGUUCGAUCCCAUCUUGUUUAAUGGAGGAUGUCACUGCAUUACAAAUAUUAAAUCUGAAGGAAAAUAAACUUGUUGGAACAAUACCAGAUAACAUCAAGGAAGGUUGUGCACUUGAGGCAAUAGAUUUAAGUGGCAAUUUGUUUGAGGGGAGGAUACCCAGAUCUCUAGUUGCUUGCAGGAACUUGGAGAUCCUCGACAUUGGAAACAAUGAGAUUAGUGACUCCUUCCCAUGUUGGAUGAGCAAACUUCCUAAACUUCAAGUCCUUGCCCUCAAGUCUAACAAGUUCACUGGACAAAUAAUGGAUCCUUCAUAUACAGUUGAUGGAAACAGUUGUGAAUUUACAGAGCUCAGAAUUGCCGAUAUGGCCUCAAAUAACUUCAAUGGAACAUUGCCAGAAGCAUGGUUUACGAUGCUCAAGUCCAUGAAUGCCAUAUCUGAUAAUGAUACAUUAGUCAUGGAAAAUCAAUAUUACCAUGGGCAAACAUACCAGUUUACUGCUGCAGUUACAUACAAAGGGAAUUACAUCACAAUUUCCAAGAUCUUGAGGACCCUUGUGCUGAUUGAUUUCUCGAAUAAUGCAUUCCAUGGCACCAUUCCUGAGACUAUCGGGGAGCUUGUUCUGCUUCAUGGGCUCAACAUGUCUCACAAUUCACUAACAGGACCAAUUCCAACUCAGUUUGGCAGGCUGAAUCAACUUGAGUCACUGGACCUCUCCUCAAAUGAGCUCUUUGGUGAAAUUCCCAAGGAGCUAGCAUCACUCAACUUCCUUUCAAUACUGAAUUUGUCUUAUAACACGUUGGUUGGAAGAAUACCAAAUUCAUAUCAGUUUUCCACAUUUUCGAACAACUCUUUUCUUGGAAACACUGGUUUGUGUGGACCGCCAUUAUCUAAACAAUGUGAUAACCCACAAGAGUCAACUGUGAUGCCAUAUGUUUCGGAGAAAUCCAUAGAUGUUCUACUAGUCCUCUUCACUGCAUUGGGUUUUGGUGUUUCCUUUGCAAUUACAAUCCUAAUUGUAUGGGGAAGGCAUAUGAAAAAACAGCGAUGAGAGUACUUCGUUUAUGUAUACAACUCUAACAGUGCUGAGACAGGCAAAUUUUUGUAAUUGAAGCUAUGAACACUCUGAUCUGAGCAAUAAUUCAGGCACCACUGUAUCUAGUAAAAUGAGUUCGUACUUGCCAGGUAGUAGCUCCUCCACUUGGUUCUUGUAAUGUGUUGGGGCAAGUUGUCUGCAUCUACGAUAUAUGUAUGAUUGAGUAUUUUAAUUUUGUGAGCUUCACAAUAUGAAUCAUUGAGAACAUGUACAGAAAACCAAACAGAAAUGUGAACUGUCGAUUAUUCUAA